GUUUUGGAAACUUCAAGCUUGGAUGGAAGGCCGCGAUGACUGGUGGGGCCGGGCUUACUGGUAGCAGCGGCAAUGUGGAGGUCAAAAGUGACUCAAUUAGUGAAGGGAGUUCGGAUUUUGAUCUGGAAUCAGAUGGGUCACUGCCCUUUUACAUGCUUGAUGCUUACGAAGAGUUCUAUGGACCUAAUAUGGGCACUGUUUAUCUAUUUGGGAAGGUUAAAGUAGGAAGUUCAUAUCAGAGUUGUUGUGCGGUUGUAAAGAACAUGCAAAGAUGUGUCUAUGCAAUUCCGGACAGUCCUUUAUUUCAAACUGACGAAAUGAUGAAGCUUGAAAAGGAUGCCGAGGACUCAAGGAUUUCACCCACAGAUUUUCGUAAGAAGCUGCAUGAUGCGGCUUCAGAAUUAAAGAAUGAAUUAGCAAAGAAGUUGUUGGAUCUCAAUGUAUCAGCUUUUAGCAUGGCACCUGUCAAGAGGAACUAUGCUUUUGAGCGAUCUGACAUACCUGCAGGGGAGAAUUAUGUACUGAAGAUCAAUUAUCCAUUCCGGGAUCCACCACUAUCAGCAGAUCUAAAAGGAGAAACUUUUUGUGCUCUUCUAGGAACUCAUAGCAGCGCGUUGGAACUUUUCCUUGUUAAAAGGAAGAUAAAAGGACCUUCUUGGCUAUCAGUUUCAAAUUUUUCCAUCUGCCCAGCUCCACAACGGGUAAGCUGGUGCAAAUUUGAGGUGAUCGUGAAUGCUCCGAAAGAUAUAAGGGUCUCAGCUUCCACAAAGAAAACUGUAGAUAUUCCUCAAGUGGUUGUUACUGCAAUAAGUUUGAAAACUAUUAUCAAUGAGAAGCAGAAUGUUAACGAAAUUGUCUCUGCAUCUGUUGUCUGCUGUAACAAGGCCAAGAUUGACACUCCUGUGAAGGACUCAGAAUGGAAGAGUCCUGGUAUGCUGAGCCACUUUACUGUUGUCCGUAAGCUUGUUGGUGGCAUAUUUCCUAUGGGGUUUACUAAAGUGGCUGCAGAUAAGAAUUCUAAAGCCGGAUCAAAUGUCUUGAGCAUUGAGGGCAGGCUUUUUCUUGAUGCGUACUUCGGUACUUGCAUGCUAAAGCUAGCAUGCUUGACACUCUUCUGAACUGUUACUAAUUCCUUAUGCCUUACAAUAUCUCAAAUUGACUGGUAGAAGCAAUGAAACUGUAUUUGUAGUGGGCGGUAAAUGAUCGGAAAGGGUAUACCCAACAACAACUUGACGAGGUCCGCAUUGAAGUAGCCGACUACUUAUAGACUCUGCUGUAGGUUCUGACCAGUUUCUUGAUUUUGAGUUAGACCAGCUUUUAAUUAACUUUUUUGUAGCAAUUAUGAACAAACAAGAAUACUAAUUGCUAGGCUAGCCUUGUAGUAUAUAGGUGCAUGAAUUGGGGUUUUAUUUUGCCCAUUUUGUAAACUGUUAAGGAUGAUGAAUAUCGGAUAUAAUACCCCAAUUUGCAAUUUAUAAUCACAGUUCUAUUUUGUGGA